AACAUCAAACUGAAAAAGAUCAUAAUAUACUUGGCAAAAUGUCAAAUAAUCUUAGGGCUCCAGACCAGACACCUGGGGGAAUCUACCGUCCCAUAACCUGUGAAAUGCUCGACAUUGAUAUGUUCGCGGUGAACCUGCAGACCAACGACCCACGAACACUAUCGACACUGAUACAAUUCGCCGGCAAUACCGUCAUGCUGUCAACCUCCAGAGGCAGAAACUGGCACCAGGAGGCAUGGGAUUAUAUGACCCUAACCCAUAACCCUGUCAUAACCCUAACCAUCAACUCCCAACAAGUCAAGGAAGAAAUGUGCAAUUACUUCUGCACGAAAGGCCAUGUUGUCCUCCCUUCCGCUGCAGGUGCACGUCAUAUGGUUAUUGGGCACCCUAAACCCAUCCCAACAGUGACUUUCGUAGAAGCGUUGGUAAACUCCGCCGUUCCAUACAUCUGUGUGACUAACUUUGGAAUGAAGCAAGCCAUUGCCAGCUUCCCAGAUCUCCCAAGGGACCUCGUGCAAUGUGACGCUGCUGAUGAAGGCUACCCUGAAUAG